GCUGUACCUUUACGGACUCAUUCCAUAUACGCUCCUUAUGUCGAUUCUGGUCAGUCCAACAAAUUCAUUACCGAGAUUUUGCCCGCUCAAUCUUUUGAACAAACAGAUCUACAAAACCGUUGCCAGCUGACUAGAGGAGUGCCAUCACAAUGUGGAUGGCUAUGGUCACGAUUACCUAUCACAGCUGCCAAUUGGCAAGUUGAGAUAGAAUUCAAGAUGGGAUGGCGAUAUGGUUCACAAAAGAAAGAGCUAUCGAAGGUCCUGUCUUCUGUUCUAAGGGUCGACUCUCUACUUGAUUCAUUUCUAAUACAUAACUUAGUUACGCAAAUUCCCACCAUACGUAUGCAUUCCCCCGAGUUAUGGCUAUGCUUGGUGAUGGCUACACCGAAUACGACAUUGGCAAUGAUGGAAAGGCAAACUCCAUCGCUGCAUGCUCGGUAG